ACAUCAAUAUUUUUGCGCCAUGACGUCGUCGUCGUCGUCGUCGUCCGAACAAGAGCUUCACGGCGUUCCACUGGUUCAGAAAUUCAACGCGAAGGCAUUAGAAUUUAAUACUUCAUUAGAGCAAAAGUGGAUAAAUUUCAAAAAAGAAUAUGAAGAGUUGUAUACAUGCUUGGAAGAGUUUCCUAAACAGUUAUCUGUUCCAAUAUUGAUGCCAAUUGGACCAAAAGUGUUUGUACGUGCACAAUUAUGUAAUACUAAUGAAGUGUUCAUUAGAUAUAAUGAUGUUUUCACUAAACAGAGUGCUUAUGAAGCUAAAGCUGUUUGUGAAAGACAAAUUAAAAGGUGUGAUAAUAUGAUUGAAGAUUUGAGAAAAGAAAAAAAAUUGUUCACGGAUAAUAUUUGUGCUAGACAAGAUGUUGUUAAUGUUUCAGAAAAUUUAGUAGAAAUAAAUGAACCAUACAAUGAAGCAGAAGAGGCAGCUUGGAGAGAGAUACAUAGGCAGAAAGUAAAAGAAUAUAAGAAACGUUUAGCAGAUGAAAAAGAGGAAUUAGAACGUCAACAACGUCAAAAAAUAUUAAAUGAAUUUAAAUCAGUAGGGUUUGAUGAUAAACUUAGUGGAUUAAAUAGACCGACACUUUUUACAGCAUCUAAAGUACACUAUACAAUUAUGAAUGGAGAAGACAAUGAUGGCAGUUGUUCUAAUGUGGAUGAUGAUGAUGAUGAUGAUGAUGACGACGAAGAUGACGAUUAUGAUGAUGAGGAUGAUGAUGAGGAGGAGGAGGAAGAGGAGGAUGAUGAUGACGAUGAUGAAGAAGAGGAUAGUAAAAUAGAAAUUGUUUUCAGCAAUGAUAUACCUGAAACUACUGGAGCUAUAAAAAAGAAGAAUAAAAAGCAAGUGUCAUUUAAUAAUGAUGUUCAAAUAAAAGAAUUUGUACCAAGGCCAGGAGAACAUUUCAUUCGUCGAAGGGAAGAAACAGAAUCUAUAAGGCCUGAAAUACUUGUUACGGAAAUUGAUGACAUUGUAGAAAGAGUAUCUGAUACAUGUCUGCAAAAUGAAAGUGAUGAUAAAGAAGAAAAUUCAAGACCCAUUAGUAGGUUUAAAUCUAACCGAAAUAAGUAGGAUCCAUAAACAUUAAAUAGUGUAUGUAAAUAUAUAUAUAUUUUUUUUUUAUUUGGUUAAUUUAAGCAGCUAAUAAAGCUAUUGUAUACAUAAUUAUAUAUUUGUAUAUAAAUGAUAAAUAUUUAAAUUAUAC